AUGGCCGACACGCCCUUGACGGCGCUGUGCGGCAUCUGCCACUCGUCCGCCCCGAGAUACAAAUGCCCGAGGUGCGCCGCCCGGACCUGCUCACUCGAGUGCGUGACGCGCCACAAGCAAUGGGCCUCUUGCAGCGGCCAACGCGACGCUACUGCAUACGUACCCGCAAGCAAGCUCAGGACCCCGUCCGGCAUCGACCACGACUACAACUUUCUCAGCGCCAUUGAGCGUGUCAGAUCCCGCGCCGCACGGGACAUUGCCGACCGGACAGGAAUUGCUUCCGCCGCCGAGCAGCCUGAGGAAGAAGAGAGGCUGAGGCACGGUCACCAUCACUUUCAGAACGGCAACAAGGGCGCCCAGGUCCGCUUCCGCAAGGAGUGGAGGGGCGAGGAGCUUGUUCAUGUGCCUCUUGAUCCGGCUGCCUAUUGGAAGCAGCAGCAGCUGGAGCAGGCGCUGGCAAAGAGCCACGUCGUUGAAGGCGGCUCGGAUGACCAAGAUGAAGACAAAGCGGCGGAUACCACCAGUAGCUCGGGCAGCUCCGAUAGCGAUUCCGACAGCGAACCCGAAUCGAUGCCAACACAAGAGCCAAUGCAACCUCAACCGGUUGUGACAUGGUACCCGCAGUCGUUCGGCACCCGUGACAAGGCAAGGUGCAGGGCUUUUGACAUUGAAGUAGUCGCCGCGCCCAAAGGCCUGGCUAGACAACGGGAGAACAAGACAAAAGGGAACCGAGCCACCAGGGGCAUCAAUUGGACCAUCGAAUGGCUAGUAUAUGAGAAAGACAUGAAUGAGCCUACGAGGGUACUUCACAGUGCAUCGGAUGUCGAACCCCUCUAUCGAAGCUUUGCUGGCUCAAUGGAGUGGGUUCGCAAGGGCAAGGAACGGAAGGAACGCAUAGAAGCAGCAGCAGCAAGGCAGAACACACAAUAUCCUCUCGAGGAAAUUGAAGAUGAAGUGCUUGAAGGUUCCAGCAGCGCCAUCCGAAGAAAGCGGCGGAGAAAAGCUCGCAACGCUGCGUUGGAGUCUCCACCAGGCCAACAAGAAUAUGGCUCGACUGCCUGGCCAAGUAUGUCGGUCUCGCAUGUUCAAAACCCAUUCACGUCUGCCUGGGUCCAGGAGGAGAACCCUAUGGCAACAGCACACGGUUGGGACCUUGACGAGCAAGUGGAUCUGAAACGAACAAAGUGGAAAUACUAUCUGCACAAGCCGGCUACGAAUCCCAAGGUGUUGAUCCCUGUCGGCGCCGAGGAACCCCUAACGUCGAUCCUGCAGGGACGGACUGUUCUAGAAUAUCCAACAGUCCAUGCUUUUUCUGUGGACACAAUGUCCCAGUUUCCACCCCCGGGACAUGUCGCCGGUUCGAUGAAGGAUAGACGCUCGAAGCCGAUUACGAUUAACUCCAUCGAUACAACGUCUGGUGCAUCUAGACCCAAUUCCGACUUCAAGUCACAAGGCAUAAGGGAUAACAGGGAUGAUGGCCAACAUGAAGAAGAUCCAGGUCGCUCACACUCGUACCAGAGCAAUAGGCCUGGCAGGACCAUGAGAGGGGGAAACCGCGGUGGUCAGCAUCAAUAUCAGCCACAAGAUCGUAAACGGCCCUACGAAGCCCGCGGUGGUGGUGACAACAGGCAGUUUGGUCGUGGCCGUGGACGUGGUCGCGGGAGAGGUGGUUUUGGCCACCAAGACCACAAUGACCGGCCAAUGAAGAGAGGCAGAUUUGACAAGAACGCGGAAGAGGGAGAAGUUAGGGAUAUGGACGAGCAUCGUGGUCAUCGCAACCCCUCUCGAGGAGGUCCCUCAUGGCGUGGAGGUAAAUCUUCUGUCCAGCAAGCUCCUGAAGGCUCUCACGGGACGAUGAUGGACGUCGAUACCAAGCAGCUGGAGCGGGCUGUCCAGGCCGCUGCUGAGGGUGCGCUCGGAGGCCUUGUCAACUAUUCUGACAGCGAGUGA